GUAGAAGCCUGAGCCUGUCUCGCUGGGUGUCUGCGUUUCAUUCCCUGUCAAGCUGCUGGGGAAAAGCAGGGGAGCGCCGAGCUGCAGCGCUGCUCAGGAUCAGAUAGCGAGGAAACCAAUAGCAGAGGGGGAAAAGAAAUAAUUAAAAAAAAGAAAUCAACAAACCACCAACCCAGCGAGCCACCCACCCCGCACACUGGGGCUGAGGCAGGCACAUCCCUGCCAACUCCACAGCAGAGAAGUCGUCCCUCCAUGGGCAGGAGCGGAGUUGAGCCCGAAGGAUAUUUGAUGACACUUUGGCAGCGAUGGGCCCCCCAGCAUCUUCCAGAGCCCAUCUGAGGGUGAAGGCUUUGAGAGCGCAGAGGGAGUUUGAAGCUAAAUGCACCUGAGUCUGGAUCUGUUGGCUGCUGGGAUUUAUCUCUUUCAUUAUUUUUCUCCGGGGGGGAACCAAAGCAACAAAAAAACGUGAUAUAUUUUUUUCAAACUCCCUCUUUUUUUUUUUUUUUUUUUUUUCCUCCUCCUUUUGGAAGAAAUUUUUUUUUUUUUUUUUUUUUUUUUUUUUGGAUGAUCGCAAUGGAAGGGUUGGGUCUGUGCCUGAGGAGCAGCAGCCGAACGCCAGCAUUGGGAGGACGCGGCGCGGACGUGGGGUCCCCGGCCAGCUAACUCUGCAGGACCUGCACCUCAGGGCCGGGGGGGCUGGAUGCAGUGAGAGAGCCUCUCACGGGAAACUUGUGGUGACGUGGCUGCCAAGACGUGGAAGCCUGGGACUUCUCUUCCACCGCACCAGAAUUUGGGGGGUGGGCAGGGGUGGGCCAGGGGGACACCGGGAGUCACAAGACCCUUCCCCUUCACUGUGGGCUUGGCUCAGGGAUGACUGCAGGCAGGGUCAACCCUUACAGCAUAGUGUCCUCCGAGGAAGACGGACUGAGGUUGACCACCAUGCCAGGGAUUAACGGCUUUGGCAAUGGGAAAAUCCACACCAGGAGGAAAUGCAGGAACAGGUUUGUAAAGAAGAACGGUCAGUGCAAUGUGGAGUUCACGAACAUGGAUGACAAGCCACAGAGGUACAUUGCAGACAUGUUCACCACGUGUGUUGACAUCCGUUGGAGGUAUAUGCUCUUGCUCUUCUCCCUGGCAUUUCUGGUAUCCUGGUUAUUGUUUGGGCUGAUUUUCUGGCUAAUUGCACUCAUUCAUGGAGAUCUAGAAAACCCAGGUGGAGAUGAUACCUUCAAGCCUUGCGUUCUGCAGGUCAAUGGCUUUGUGGCUGCUUUUCUGUUCUCCAUCGAGACCCAAACGACUAUUGGUUAUGGCUUCCGCUGUGUGACAGAGGAGUGCCCGCUCGCGGUCUUCAUGGUGGUGGUUCAGUCCAUCGUGGGGUGUAUAAUCGACUCUUUCAUGAUUGGUGCAAUAAUGGCAAAGAUGGCCAGGCCCAAAAAAAGGGCCCAGACGUUACUUUUCAGCCAUAAUGCAGUAGUGGCAAUGAGAGAUGGGAAACUCUGCCUGAUGUGGAGAGUCGGGAAUCUCCGGAAAAGCCACAUAGUAGAAGCCCAUGUACGAGCUCAAUUAAUUAAGCCCAGAAUCACAGAAGAAGGGGAGUACAUCCCACUCGACCAAAUAGACAUCGACGUGGGGUUUGAUAAAGGCUUGGACCGUAUCUUCUUGGUGUCCCCCAUUACCAUUCUCCAUGAGAUCAACGAAGACAGCCCGCUGUUUGGGAUCAGCCGCCAGGAUUUGGAGACGGACGACUUUGAGAUUGUGGUCAUCCUCGAAGGCAUGGUAGAAGCCACUGCGAUGACGACACAAGCUCGGAGCUCCUACCUGGCCAGCGAGAUCCUGUGGGGCCACCGCUUCGAGCCUGUCUUGUUUGAGGAGAAAAACCAAUACAAAGUAGACUAUUCCCACUUCCACAAAACAUACGAGGUCCCAUCCACGCCCCGCUGCAGCGCCAAGGACUUGGUGGAGAACAAAUUCCUGCUGCCCAGCACCAACUCCUUCUGCUACGAGAACGAGCUGGCCUUCAUGAGCCGUGAUGAGGAUGAGGAGGAUGAUGACAGCAGGGGUUUGGACGACCUGAGCCCAGACAACAGGCAUGAGUUCGACCGGCUUCAAGCAACGAUAGCGUUGGAUCAGAGGUCAUACCGGAGGGAGUCAGAAAUAUGACUCUAGGUCCUCUCGUUGACUUUUCCGAGGGUAUUUUUUUUCCUCCUCUAAUCUCUUCCCCUACAACCCGCUCAAAUUAUGCAGAACAAUGCAAGUGCCAUAGGAAUGCUUGAGAAAUUAGUCUUGUUCCUAGUUUUCAGUUUCAUCGCAAUAACCACUGAGCGGUCUGCAGGAGGGGACGGGGCAGGCACAGCGCUCCCCACACCCUGGGGGGACGGGGGGGGUCCCGGGGCAUGUGUGUCCCGUACUGGCUGUAGGGCUGGGCUCUCCCCAUGGGGAAAGCGCGAGCGUCUUCUUGGAGCCGAGAUCCAAAUAGAGGAAAUAUCAGGAAACAAACCUUUAUCUUUCUUUUUUUCCUUUUUUUUUUUAAUAUAACUGAGCUGCAACAAAACAAAAAUCGCUCUUUCUGGCAGGCAGUAUGAUUCAGUUGCACAAGAACAACACUUGAAAUACCAUGCAACGUUAACGUACUUCUUUUUAAUUUGGGGAAAGGGGAGGGAGGCAAGAAGGUUUUUAAUUUUUUCAACAUAACCUUUGGGAGACUGUUUACCAAAAUAAUAAUAACAAUAAUAUUAAUAUUAGUAAUAAUAAUAAUAUUAAAUCUGAAAGAAAUGAUUUGGUAUUUUUUAAAAGCGAGCAAGGGAAUGAAUAAGCUGCAGGGGUCUCUUGAGUGGUGAUUUGCUGGGUAGAUGCAGGAGCUCAAAGCCAAGGCAGCAUCUGAUUUAGGGGUGGAUUUUUUUUCUACUGGCACUGCUUCAUAGGCAGAAAACAGAUGUAAGUGGCUGCAGGUCCGUGGCAGUGAAAGCGAGUAGCGUAAUUACCAGCAAAGUAGCUAAUAAGGAAAAGCCAGACUGCUGUAGAGAGAACCCUUGUAAACACAAUAAUUAGCCACAUUCUGGAAAUAUUGAUCUUCAGGGUGGAAAUUGGGCCUGGGGCGUCAGCUGCUGAAGUGCUGCGUCUCCAGUGGGGAAUUCAUAACUUCCACCAGAACUAGGAUGAAAAAAUGAAAAGCACAAAAGGCAGACUGGAAAGCUCUUGAAUUUGGGUAUUUUCCCAUUCCACCCACCAGUGUGGUAUUUUCUCCUUCAAAAAACCAUUUGAAAUGUGGAGAUCGAGGUGAAAUGUGUCUUGCUGGGUUGCAUCUCAUGUAGCCCAGAAGUAGGACGUGAGCAUUGUCCGUGCCGCCUCUGCCGGGCUGGGAUUUGUGAAUUCCCCAUUCACUGGAGGGUUCUGUUUGGAGGCGGAUUCUUUUCCAAAACCAACAGAUGCCAGUCGGGAAACCCACCAUGUCCUGCACAUCACCCUGUCCCCAUGUCCCAGCCUUGAGGUGGAUUGUGCCUUAGAGAUGCAAACUCACACGCGCUCAUCCCACGCCCAUCCCACCCAUUCCCAUCGCUCUGUCCCAUCUGCUGCCCUUUGGGCUGGUCUUGUUUGCACGCUGGUUUGCCUUUUACUAACAUAGAAUCACAGGAUCAUUAGUGUUGGAAAAGACCAUUACGAUCGCCAGUUCCAAACGCCAACCCAUCUACCACCAUGCCACCGAACCUUGUCCCUACUAUGCCAUGAGGCAAACCGUGCCGUGCAUGGGAAGCCUUCUCUCCCUUUGCAAGGAGGGAAGUUGGGAAGAUGUAGCUCACUGCUCCCCUCAUGCUGGAGCUGAAUAUGGCUCUCUGUGCUGCAGGAAGGGCUAGGGUCCUGCACCCGGCUUCAGCCAUAAGGGCUUGGGAGAGGGGUCUGCAGCAGUGCUUCAGCUCCGUGGGCUCCUGGCACUUUCCUCUCCCCAUCCCACUACAGGCAAGCCAUGUCCAGGCGUGAUAGCCUAGUCUAAAUGCCAGCAGCACAGGUAGGAUUUGUCCUCAACCCUCAUCCCUAUCUCAUUUUUGCAAAGAGUGUCCCAAAUAGGGCUGUCCUUAAAAUGGGGGACACACUGGGACUUGCCAUUGGGCACCAUCCACGACUUUCAUCUUUCUGAUGAAGUGACACAUCGCCAUCCCAUCGCCGGUCCCUUUGCACCAACGGGGAUGGUUUUGCCCCCCGUGUUUUGCCCCACAGCAUCGAGGGGGGUGGGCAGGGCAACGGGGAGGGGGCAGAGAGAUUUUGUGUGCGCACUACUUAUUUAUUUUUUUAAAGAAAUGCUUUUAAGUGGUUUUAGGUUCUUUUGAAUAAAUAAUAACUCUAUUAAAAGGUGCACUUCUUGCUGCUGUAGGAUUCUCAGAGGGUUAAUUUCUUUAUAAAUAUAUAUAUCUCACAGUAAAUAUUUGUACAAAAAAAAAAAAAAGGGUGAAAAAAAAAAAGAGAAA